ACGGAGAAUUUAAUCCACGGUGGAAUAAAGCAUGAACUGUAUCCUUUAAUUGAAAAAUAGAAUUCCUAAAUCAUGUAAAAUAUGGCAGGUAUUAGUUAGAUAAUUGUUAUGAGCACAAUCGGAAUGUCAUUUAGCGGGAUAUAACUUGUAAUUUAUGAGCCACAGUUACCUGUCUCUCACAGUUGUGAUCAGGGAUAAAACGAAUAUAACAUAUCUUUAGAAAAGGCAUGUAAGUUAUAAGCGAACUGUGUAUGGAGUAAAACACACAUGUUUUAAAGAAAAAAAGCGAAUAAAUUUACCAACAUAACGGAAGUGUCGCACAUAUGCAUUUAACGUUAGCAACAUCCUGAAUAUAUGAAAUAUCACUACAGAAUACUGUCAAGAUCGCUAGUUCAUGUUUCCAAGAUACAGAUAUCGAUUAUAUCUGUUUUUAAAUGCUUGUCAUGUUAUAGGAGGAACAGAAAAUCGUAAUUUCUUGUUUCUUCCGGGAGCAGUCCCAGCUGCACUCAUGAACCUCCGCAACAACGCUGAAUAAAGGACUAAACAGCCGUGUUUGACACGAUAAUAGUGAUUAAUCAUCAGCCCACAUCCUGCUGAAUUGUUUUAUCGGUUUGAAUUGUAAGUUGUAUGUUUCCGAACUGACUUUGACUAUGAAAUACUUUAAAUCACGUGUUUACAGACAUGACAACAAGUCCAUGCAUUUCCUUUGAAAUCCGCAAAUGAUCUUCAACACACAAACCCUGCCUCUGGCGUGCUGCACGUGUCCCUGUGUUUCUAACUGUGCCUUGUAUUCAAUUUGCGGGAUUAUAGCGAUAUCAAAGUGUUAAGUGCUGAGACGUAACAGUUUGAGAGACGUUUACGCCUUAUUUGCAUUGUUUGGAUUAGCCCAGAUGCCUCUAUAUUGUAGUCGUUUCAUGGUUGCACCCUGCACACGGACCUUGGGAGUUGUUCCUGACCACAGCUCCAGAGUGUUCAGGCGAUGCUGGAGAAAGCUGUGGCAUCCAGUUAGGCUCUAUACUGGUUCAGUGACUUCAAGCCCUGAUUCUGAGUUCAGAAAUUCAGAGAUGUUGACCCAAAGUGGGAAACCCUUUCACACGCCGGUCAUGGUGAAGGAAGUGUUAAAGUUUCUGGACAUCAAACCAGGGCAGGUGGUCCUGGACUUGACCUUUGGGGCCGGAGGUCACUCGAAAGCCAUCCUGCAGUCGGUUCCCAGUGUAACGGUGGUGGCAGCAGAUCGUGACCCCACAGCUUUCCAAAUGGCUCAGCGUUUAGCUGAAGAAUACACGGGCCAGGUGAAGCCAGUACUAGGGAGGUUCAGUGAGCUGAAUAACCUGCUCCCAGCACUGGGUUUGGGUCCAGGAGGUGUGGAUGCUGCCCUUCUGGAUGCUGGAUGCUCCUCCAUGCAGAUGGAUUCAGCAGAAAGAGGCUUCUCCCUCAGCAAGGAUGGGCCGCUGGACAUGAGGAUGGAUGGAGACAGGUACCCCGACAUGCCCUGCGCGGCUGACGUGGUCAACGCCUUGGAUCAACAGGCGCUUGCGUCCGUGCUGGCUGCGUACGGGGAGGAGCGGCACACCAGGAAAAUUGCGGCGGCCAUCGCACAGGCACGCAGCAUCUACCCCAUCGGCCGGACCCUGCAACUGGCCAGCAUCGUAGCAGGAGCGUUUCCAGUGAGCGCGCUGUACGCCCGGCGUGACCGCCUGCAGCGCCCUUCACACGUUGCCACCAAAACCUUCCAGGCCUUACGGAUAUUCGUGAAUGACGAGCUCAAUGAGUUGCACGCCGGCCUGCGUGUGGCGCAGACCCUGCUCCGUCCCAAGGGGCGACUCUGUGUUCUCACUUUCCACUCCUUGGAGGACCGGCUGACCAAGCGUUUCCUCCGCGGAGAGGACCUGUCCGCCCCACCGCGCCGCAGCCUUCGCCAGCGAGCCAAAGCCCGGCUUGAGUUAGAGGGAGAGGAGCAUGAGGAGGAAGAAGAGAACGAAGAAGAGGAGAAAGGACGAGAGAGCAAAUAUUGGGUCAGUCUGAAGAAGGUGAUAAAGCCAAGUGAGGAAGAGGUGCAGGAGAACCCAAGAGCUCGAUCAGCUAAACUCAGAACAGCAGUAAAACGAUAGUGAACCGAUGCUUUUUACCAGAUCACUAAGGAAAGAAAGCACAAAGCUGUCACUGGGGAUGUAGUCUUAGGUACAAAAGUUAAAAUGUAGAUCUUUGCACAUUAUUUACCCCUAAAUUGUUAAUAUUAGUAUUUUAAAGGUAUUAUAAUAGUAUACAUAUUAUUUCCUAAAGUGUACCUAUUAAUAUCUUUUGAAAGGGUACCGGCCUAGUGGCAGUUUUUGCUUUUUUUACUGGGUGUGUACAUGUGUAGUUUUAUUCACAUCAGUGUGUUUCAGGCGAAAUAAAGGAUAUAACUCCAGAAUCAGUUUUUUUUUGUGUUUUUUUUGUUAACAAUGUCAGUGGUGAGGGAACGAAUUCUGGAAGAAUUUCGUGUACACUUUGCAUAACACUUUAAAUAUCUGCCUGAGGGAUUUUCUAAAUAAAUGUUCUGUUUUAUCUA